AUGAGCUCCAUACAGUCAGACUCCUCUGCAAAUGUGACCUUUGUCCGUCCUGCUACAUUUUUUAUCAAUGGCUUUUUUAAUAUUCCACAUGCAAAAUACUACUAUGUGUUCCUGUCUUUAGUGUAUGUUGUGACUGUUUUAGGCAAUUCAUUUAUCAUGUGCAUUAUAUAUUUGUCUCACAGACUCCACACAGCCAAAUAUAUUGCUGUUUUUCAUCUGGCCCUUUCUGAUCUGUGUGGAAGCUCAGCUUUGAUUCCAAAAGUCAUUGACACAUUUUUAUUCGAGCACCAGGACAUUUCAUAUGAAGCCUGCUUGAUAUAUAUGUUUUUUGUUUAUCAUUUCAUGAAUCUCCAAUCUUUGACACUACUUGUCUUGGCUUAUGACAGACUGGUUGCUAUUUGUUUUCCACUACGGUAUCAUGCCAUUGUAACCAAACCGGCCAUGUUUCUGAUCAUAGGGGUGAUGUGGAUUUUUUCUUUGACAUUUUUUUCUGUACUUGUAGGUUUGGUGAAUAGACUUUCUUUCUGUGGAUCCUAUGUGCUUGAUAGUUAUUUUUGUGAUCAUGGCCCUAUCUAUAGAAUAGCUUGUAAUGAUAAUUCUAUGAAUAUUUUGUUGGGUAAAAUUUGCUUUAGUCUUCUGAUUUUUACACCACUGAUAUUGAUCUUCAUUUCAUAUUUCUGCAUUGCUCUGCUUUUGUCUAAGGUUCCCAAUGGCGUUGACCAUAUUAAGGCCAUAAAAACCUGUACCUCCCAUCUAAUGUUGGUGGCAAUUUUUUAUAUCCCGAUUUUAAGCAAUAAUAUUGCAUCGAUAAUAACACCUUUGCAUCCAAACGCUCGAAUAAUUAACAAUUCUCUGACACAGACAAUGCCACCUAUGCUGAAUCCCAUCAUAUACACUCUGAAGACAGAGGAGGUCAUGCAAUCCAUAAAACACCUGUACAAACGACGCAAGGUAAACACAACCACAGAAACAAGAGUGAAAUGCAGCCGGAGAAUCGAAAAAUAA